AUGGCAACCGAUCCGGGUCCAAAACUAACUGACGCAUUAAAAGAAAUAAAGAACAAAAUGUCGUACAAAAAUGUAAUAUUACACAGUGGUAAAGUUUCUAAAAUAAAUUCUGCACAAUUUUACAAAAGUCUAGCUAAUAAUUUAAAAUCUCGAAUGAUGACUUCCAGUUCAUCAAAUGUCAGUCGUAAUGAAAAAAAUCGCCAAGACAAUGACAAAACGUUUAAAAACUUACUUGAUAAUAUUGAAAAAUUGAAUCCAAAAAAUUGGCCACUUUCGAAUGAUGGCCAAAUAGAAAACAUACAAUUUGGUGACUAUAAUAUUCGUAAUUUAUGUCAACAAUUUCAAAUUGAUGAAAAAAGCACUAUUCAAAAUUUUAGAAUUUAUAAAAUGGACUUGGGCAAAAAGGAAAUUCCAGAAGAUUUGAAACCCCUUUAUAAAUCAAUUGCAACGAUUCCAGCAUCGAUUAGCGAAUGUGAACGAAAUUUUAGUUCUAUGAACGAAAUCAUGUCACCACUAAGAACUUCUUUAAAUAUAAAAACUGUUGCUGCUCUUUUAUUUAUUAAUUGUGUUGGACCACCUCUAACGAAAUUCGAGCCAGAAAAAUACGUUCGAUCUUGGUUAUUGAAUGGUCGACAUUCAGCUGAUGAUACCGCAAGUCGUAAAAGAAACCAAAAGUGUGAUAAGACCUACGAAUCACUGUGGAGGUUAUUGUAA